UGGUAUUCCCUUAAUGAAUAUCCAUAUUGCCUCACAGCGCGUCAUGCGUUUAGCAUUGCUAAUUACCUCAUUGAUGCAGCAGUGUUGGGGCUAGGGACGGCACAGCCGGGUGUGGAGGGGUUAAUGUAUGGGGGACCCCGUAUUACCGCCUAACCCUGCGGUCAUAGUGUGUACUCAGCGAUCGUCGGGUCACGUGAUACCAACAAACGCUCCGCUGCGAGUGUACAGCCAGCAAUUGACAGGUGAGCAGCUCGUUCAGUCGGGCUGUAUGUGAAAUGGAGUUACUCAGGACAGACUCGGAGUGAAGCGGGUGGAUUCUUGAAUGGAGGAAUACAACACCGCCUUGCUAUGGGUCCCCACCGCCUCCCCACGGCUUUCAAGGCGGGGGUGUGACCUGGGAUCGUACCCUCGGGCUGCUAUAUCGACGUGUGUUGUGUGUUGAGGGUAUGGUAUGGUUGGUUGUAGUAUGUAUACUAUAUUGUUUAACGACGCUAGAUCGUUAUCGAUGUGUAAUGUGUGUGUUCUAAGGUAGCCAGCAUGGAAUCGUGUAGCCCUGGGAAUGGCAGUAGCGGCAUGGGCACGUUGCUUGUACUUCAGCCCAAGUCAUUGCGUGGAUUCACAACCAGCGAUGACUAUCUAUUUGCCAUGAAGGAGGAUUUAGCCGAAUGGUUCCAAGCGCUGUAUAAAAUUGAUAUCAACGCUGAAAAUUUCUUCGAGGAGUUGGAAACGGGAGUACUUUUGUGUCGACAUGCCAACGAAGUUGUUCAACAUUACCGUCUAAGUCGUGAACACGGAGGGGUCGUCCAGAUGAAGUCGUACUUCGUCAGGGACGUCCCUGAAGCCGGAGUUCAGUACCGUAACAACGUCAAGCCGGGGACGUUCAUGUCGCGCGACAACAUUUCCAACUUCUUAACGUGGUGUGUCCAUCUCGGUAUUCCUGAUGUAGUGCGGUUUGAAACCGAGGAUCUCGUAAUGAGGAAAAAUGAAAAGAGUGUUGUGUUGUGUCUCCUGGAGGUGGCGAGGGUGGGGGCAAAGCUGGGGAUGUUAGCCCCCACCCUCGUGCAGAUGGAAGAGGAGAUCGAUGAGGAGAUAGCGACAGGGGAACCACCCCCUCAGAUAAUCACAUGUGACCUCAAGUCUCUUGACGAACUGGUGCGCGAGUUGGUGGGGCGAUGUUCCUGUCCGAUCCAGUUUCAGCUCAUCAAGGUCGGAGAAGGAAAAUACAAGAUCGGAGACUCCCAAACACUCAUUUUCGUCAGGGUGUUACGUAAUCACGUGAUGGUGCGAGUGGGCGGGGGUUGGGAUACCCUCGAACACUACCUGGACAAACACGACCCCUGCAGGUGUAACUUCCAAGGUCACCAUCGUCCAGGCCCUAGUCAACGCCUAAUUCAGGCGCGUCGUGGAUCCACUCCGUCUCGAACCACGCCCCCACGGACAACCACCCCCACCCCCGGGGGGACCUCAACGAUGAAGUCGCCGCGGAAAAUGUCCGUGCCGGGCCCAGUGUCUUCAAAAACUUCCUCCAUUUCCGUCAUUCGCAGUAAAUCCCCUGGUCCGGUGUCCCGGAAGCUUCCUACCCCUCAACAAUUGUCUUGUCAAUCAAACCAGCAUGCUAGUCAACUUGGAAGGAAAUCUCCCCUACCCUCCAGACUCAGGAGUCCGUCCCCGGUGUCUCAUGGGGGUCGAAAACUUCCCACUCCCAAAACAAGUCAGGGACCGCCGACGCCAAGUCGACGUUCGGCCUCCCCGGGACCAAGACAAAGGGACACUACUCUAUCUGAUUCAAGGUCGAGUGGUCUGAGUAAGACAGCCCCGUGCACCCCACGGAAGAUGUCCAUGGAGGCGUUAGACGUGGACGACGACGGCAACGCCGCGUCCUCCGGCGACAUCGACAUGAACCAGAUCAACACGAUGACACUGGAAGAGUUUCGGAACCUUCUCAACAAGCAGCUGUCUGUGCCUCAGGUUGGAGCAGCAUCUCAGAACGGAUCAGCGUCCCAAAGUUCCGACUCGCCUCGAUCUCAGGGGAGCUCCGAUAGUUCCCGAGCUCACUCGCUGUCGUCUAGGACAGCGUCAGCUACCAGCUCGUGGCGGGCUGUGCGGGAGAAGGCCAGGACGGUCUGCCAGUCCCUGGAGUCGAGUGCCGGCACCAGGGUCAGCAGGACCAGUUCGAGCAACGACUCGGGCUAUCUGUCUCAGAACGGGGACACCCCAAAACGUUCACUCCCCAACCGACCCAAAACUCCCACAUCUGUGUCGAGACCCAAAACGCCAGUGUCAAGGCCAAGUGGUCUUAUUUCCGAAUCCCGACCUAAGACUCCCACGAGCUCUGUGAGACCUAAAACGCCCACGAACAGUUACCAGAGAUCUAAAACGCCUACACGUAAUUACCAGAGACCUAAGACUCCUACCCACUCUGCUGCCACUACCCCGUCUUCUGUGGAUGAAUACAAGGUGAUAGGUCAGUCAGGCAGCCGUCCUUCAACCCCAGUGCUGAGUGAGAGACCCUCCACCCCAACCUGCAUCCCCCGCCCUAGUGGUAUCCCCAGGCCCUCAACCCCUUCGUCUCAGGUUGUGGCAAAUGACAAUGAUAAACCUGCUGGUCCUCAGAAAGGGGAGAGGAGGUUAAUAACCCGGCCCACAACCCCAGGGACGCCUCGGAAACAACUCCCACCUCGUCCAGCAUCUACCGUGCCCCAGGAGAAAUCCUAUACCAGUAUUUUCCAGGCUCGUAGGUCAUCAACACCUGGCCCGGGUCAAGGUCAAACGAGAACGGCAACUGCUGCACGGGAAAGGAGGAGCGUCGUUUCCAGAACCAGUGCUGUGUCGAGGAGCUCCAACUAUCCCUUGUCUAAGCGAUCUCAGAGCGUGGCUGAUGUUCGCACCAGUUUCAGUAGAACCUCCACGGAAAUAUCCCUAUCUGAUGAAGAAUCAGAAUCAGUGACUAGUGACGAGAGAUCCAGACCUAAAUCAAGAACUGUGAGUGCUGCAGAGAUGAGACAGAGGACUUCCAGUGCUGAGCCACGGAGGCUUGUUCGUCAGGCAGCCAGCGAGGAGUCGUGUUUGAUGGUAGCCAGGACUGAUGAUGGUGCUCACUGCAUUACCUUGACAUCAAACGGAAACACUAAGUACGACUCUAGUAGGAGGACAAACAGGUUUAUUCGAAGUGCUUCAAGUGAAAACUGUGAUUCCCCUCGAUCUCGUCAGAGGGCUAGGACGCCUGAUCCUUCCAUGAUUCGACAGGAGAUGACGAGAAGGAAGUCUGAGAUCUCUAUCGGUUCUGGUAAGUCUACAGAGAGCAGGACAGAAGCCUGGGUCAAUUCCACGGUUCACGACACGAAAAGAAAGUUGCCUCCUAGGCCCAAAAGAGCCAUGACACCCAAUUCUAUGAAUAGGAAAGAACUUGAAUUGACCUCUAGGUCAUUUGCGGAGAUUAAAGAAGCUCUUCGCGUUCCCAUGGAGAAUGGUAUUGUUGUUAAUCCGGAUAAGCUGGAUGCCCCUCCCGAAGACGCGAAAGCUUACCUACAAAUGGAGAAAUUAUUCAAAAAAUUGAAGGAGAAAGAACUGCGUGAAUCUGUUAACAACACAGUUGGUGGCGCCAAUGAUGACGACAGUGUGAACAAUCGUGACAAUACAGUUUCUCAGGGAAUUUUGAAAAAUCCGGACGCUAAAGCUGCCUCCAACAGGUCUUUGAAUUCUGUGAGAUUUUCAAAUUCGUCUCUCUCAUCGUUGAGUUCUGGCAACUCAAAGUGUGUGUCCUCGCAUUCGACUCCUGUGCACCGCAAUAACAAUUUGGAUUCCCCCCUCAACCAUUCACGGUCCCUCCCGUCUUUCGCAUCCUCAUCUCACAACCUCACGUCCACGCCCCUUAACGGGGUAUCAUCCUCGGGGAUGGAGGACGAAAAUGAUUCCGGUGAUGAGGACACAUUCGGCAACACCGCAGAAGCGCUUGUCUAUAAACUGAAGGAAAUGGCAAAGCUUCGUCCGAGGAAGGAAGACACGGAUGGCCCCAAAUCCAGAAUCCCUGCACCCAAUCUCAGCAAAAACAGAAAAUCAAAAUCCUUCAGUAAUCUGUCAACAAGUUUAAGUUUCGACAAAGAGACCCAGCAUCGGAACCUAAGUGAGACGUCCAACGAGGAGCCAGUGUUCUAUAACCCGGAUGACGAUGACGAGCUGUCCGAGAUGGCUCGGAUUGCCCACGACCGAGAGGAGCUGCAGGAUCGAUCCGAAACGCCCGUCCCAAGAAUGGCCACCCCGCUGACCACUGGUCGGAGUACCUUCCUAAACAAUGGCAAGGACAAGACCCCGCGGCUGGUCAGGGCUGUGUCCCAAGAUAGAAGUCCCUCCAACUCCGUUUCCUCCCUGUCAAGUCUUUCACUCUCAAAUGCUGACAAUGAUCCCGAGUUUGUGUGAUGCUGCAGUUGGAACCAUCGUUUCAUACAGUAGUGGUAUUUCUUCCAUAUAUUUCACAGAAGUGAUGGAUAAGAGAAGUAGUUGUGACAUGCCUGGUGUGAAACGUUCAUGUGCAUUGAUACUACUCAAAAUACGUUAAGGGCCGCCAGUUCUUUCAUUCUUUCAUAUUACCAUAGUUAUAUGACAUGAAAGAUUAACGACACUAGUAUGAAAGAAUCAGAUGGUCCGUUACUUAUUUUGAGUAGCAUAUGAUAGACUGGUAUUCCAUGUCCAUUCGCAGGACACGAUUUCAUCCGACAGGUGAUGUGAUAUUGGUUUUGAUAUGAUAAACGUUCCCUAUGGGUAAUCAGCACUGGAGAUGACACAGUUGGUACUGUCUGAGUUUGGAAGUGUUCACAUGUGUCCGUUUGGGAUACCGACACACAUGUAUUUGUGAGGCAGGACAAGACAUGUCCAUGUUGGAUACCAGCACAGGAAAACGCCCAUUGGAUAACAUUACACAGAGGUGUCUCUUUAGACUGCCACACACGUGACUACACACACGUGUCCAGGCUAGUGGGCACGGGUAAGGAAGAAUAUCCAUGUGGAAUAUAAUUUCAAGGAUAGCAUCAUGCAGGUAUUAUUUUCCCCAUUCGAAUGCACUUGAACACUCAUUUGGUAUACAUUGAAUUUAUGUCAUGACAUUCUGGUAUGCACUUCGUGAGGGAGAAACCGGUAGAAGUUUGAAUCCAGAGCAUUUCGACAGCCACAUGGUUACACAUGGAUCUUGUCUUGGCACAGAUGGGGAUUCUUAUGGAGUUCACCUGUGCUUGUGUCUGUGGUGGUGGUGUGUGGCGGUCACUGCGGGCUCGGAGCCGACCCGAAGCUUUCAGUGAGUGUUGACGGCAUGCUUCGUUACGUGAUGGAAAGACCAAGGAUUCAUCCACAAGUUGUUGAAAGGACUUGGCUGUACAGUUUGCUGAGAUAAGAGAUGGAAUGUAAUGUUAUGUUUUGAAGAAUGUAUUCGUGAGUUUCUAUCGGAAUAAGAUGUCCUAAUGAGGAUUUAUUCUUACGCAUUUUUACCUGUAUAUUAGUUUAGAGUAAAUGAUGUGAGAAAGGUGUUGAAGGUCGUGAUGCAGUUGUGAGCUAAGAGUUGUAGCUGUUUCGGAGGUUGACAGACAACACCUGACAGAACUAGUCCCUCGGGCCAGACAUCUGAUAUUUUGGGGGCAGGGGUGUUAAAUUCAAUUCACUGCAACAAAUGUAAUGUUUUCCUUAGGUUUUGCCCAAAAAACAAAUCAUUAACAAGACGAUGGUGGGUGGGUAAAGUAAUGUGCCGUGGGUAAAAAAUAGUUAUGGUAUAUUUUGCAUACCCGACUCGCCUUCUCCUCUCCUCCCCCCUCCCCCCGAAUAUUAAAUGGUCGGGCCCUAAAGUAUGGUUGGAUCCAAAAGUAAGAAACAGAAAAAUCAAUAUCCAUAUACAUAUAUAUUUAGAGAGCAGAUUGUCUCAGUGUAAUUACACUCGCACUCAUUAUUUCGUAUAUUCAUGGAUGGUGUAAGCGCCGAAGUAUAUUUUUCAUUUACGUAUUUUCAAACAACUGAGAGUGGCUUUGUUUAGAGUUGGAUCUCGCGAGAAUAUGGUGCAAGGGACAUAACUCUAUCAUCAUGAGCUAUACAUGUUUCAUUGGUAGCGCUGCCUUCUUUAUCCUAUUUUCAAUAUUCCAUAAAACCGGCAAGGUGGAAGCAAAACAUACAUUAAAGAAUUGGUACUGCCAUUUCUUGGCCCGCGAUGUAUAUAUCUGUACAUUUUAUUUAUAAAAUAACAUGUAUGUUAGAGUCCAUAAGUCUAACCCAUUCUCGAUAUGCAUUUAUUGAUGAUGCAUUACACUACAUAUUCGUGUUCAUCAACGCCGGCGUAUUCUUUUCUACUGCUGAACCAAACGAAACAUAAAUGUUUUCAAAAUAAAAAUCACAUUCGACCCAGUCCAAACCCGCGACAAAAAUUCCCAUCAAUAAUGAAGAGUUAAUCCCCUUGAUGUGUCAGUAUCCGAUUACACUGCGACAGAUAGGCAAAGUGUUUGGUUUAAUGGAUAACGAGUACAGCUGUCGUAUAGUUUUGGGCCAAUCGUCCGAUUAUAUUUUUCAGAUUCAGGGGAUAAGUUAGCAAAAGGCCGUACCUAGUUGUAUGUAUUUCUUGAAUUUAUUUGUUAAAACAGCCAAGGCCUUUGGAAUACUCGUACUCACAAAAUUAAGCGGAAUGGAAAGCCACGCAACUUGUUAAAUGAUCCAAUGAAACCAAAUUUGGACAGCUGCUAUAUACCUUAUUACUAUGCUUUGCAAAAAACAUUUUUGAAAGAUUUAGAAAUCCGUUGGUUAUAAUUCCUCUUGUUGCUUAAUAUUGCAUAAUUAAGAAACACGUUUGAAUAAUUCCCUUUUUUCUGUUUCACUCCUAAAAGACGGGUGCACAUUUUUCUUGCUUAACUUGGUCUGUUUUGGACAUAUAUUAAUUUCUGCCAAUCAAUACCAAUUAGCAAGUACAUUAUACAGUCAUCAUAAUAUAAACUAUAUUCAAUAUGUAUCGACAAUUAUAUUACAAACUAUCCUGCCCCUUUUAUUUGUAAUGUUUGAAGAAGCGAAUGAGUUGUAUGCACAUGCUAAUGAUGCAUAUUUGUUGGUGCAUACGUUGCAGUUCAAUUAAUUAUUGACACCUAAUUAGACUCUUGUACGUCGAGUCACGUGUAGCCCGUGGAUAUUCUAUCCUCAUUAAAGUCAUGGUUGUGUUUCUUCUCUUAAGUUUUCAAUUGACAAAGAUUUGUUUGUACAGAUGUUACGUUACGAUAAUUGUAAAAAGCCUUCUCAUCAUCCUGUUGAUGGUAAGGGAAGUAACUCUCGGUAGAGAACAUUGCGCCAUCGUUUAUCUUUAUUGGCAUUCCAGAGGCUGUUUCUGUGAUGUUUGGAAUAGAAGACAGUAUUUAUUUAUUUUCACUCUGUUGCGUGCAUAUUUUGAUGAAAUAAAUGCAUAUAUUUCGA